AUGGCUUGUUUCUGCUGGUGCAAAAAGAAAAAACGUCAGAAAGCAAAUUCAGUUGAUGUGGAGCAGAAGACAAGAAAGAAGAAGGAGAGGGGCACUUCAUCCCCCUCUCCAAUUCCAUCUGACCGUUCUGAACGGAAUGGCUCCGCUACCUCUGACCCCUCACCCUCUGACCAACUCUCCUCCCUCCAUCCACCUCCCUCUCCUGUUAAAUGUUCCUCUCAGCCUUGCUCUCCUGUUAAACAACCCUCUGUACCCCGGUCACCUGCCAAAAACCCUUCCCCAGUGAAAUUCUCUCCAGUGGUGUCCCAGCCUAGUUCUCCCUCUCCUACCAACCCUCUGGACCGUCAUGGAGACACCAGUCAGGAGGGCACAACAGUCAGAUCUCUGUCUCUUCAGGAACACUCUAGUCCAACGCCCCAGAGACCAGUCUCAGCCACCAGAAGCAUGACUCUUCCCAGGGCCAGCUCAGCCACCAGAAGCAUGACUCUUCCCAGGGCCAGCUCAGCCACCAGAGGGUCAGAAGAGACCCAGGGGGCCAGAGGAGAACGGGGGGAACUGGUCAACAUGGAACUUCUUGGGUUGCCUAACAUUGGCAACACUUGCUUCCUUAACGCCACCCUGCAGUGCCUCCUGGUCCUGCCUUCCUUCUCAAAGGAAAUCCUGCACCAGGAACAACUCUGGAGCUCCUCCCCCUUCUCCAACCUGCUCAGGUGUCUGUCUGAUGUGCACCGUUCGGGUCUACCUGACAGUGUGGCAAACCAGGCCUCAAAAGCAGACCUCAUGUGGAAGGUCAACUAUACCUGCCCUGUUUCCCAGCUGGAGUUCCAGCUUGUGUCGGUGUGCACAUGUACCAGCUGUGGGCGCGAGUCGUCCACCAGAGAGGACUACAACCACCUCUCAUUGGACAUCAGCCCUGAGCGCACCUUGCUGAACAGCCUAGCACUCACUUUCAAAGUCAGCACUUAG